AUGAAUUGGGGAGUCUUCUUUACAUUCUACUUCUUCAUUUCUCAAGUCACUGCUUUGGAAAAGUGGCAUGCGUACUCAAAAGGUGAACAAAAGAUCCGUGGGUGUAGCAACCACAUUUCACGGUCGCUUUCAUUUGAUAAGGGCAGCAAAUACUCUUAUGCUAAAUAUUGCAAGAAUGUCAAUGCUUUGAGUACCUUAGUGGGAUGUCUUGCUGAUGUGAACGUAAAUGACACAAAGAUGUUCAAGUACAUUCAGCAUGAGUGUAUUGAUGAGUAUGAAAUAGAUCUCCCAAUGGAAAAUUUAACCAACGCAUAUGCUUACCUUAUCCAAAAUGGUGUGACAUGGAAGCUGCUUAAGGAACGGAAAUAUAAUUCUACCACCGAGAUUUUGAAUACACCUGUUUUCCUCAACAAGACCUUGUCGACGUUGUAUGUUAAAGCACAGGUAAACUUUCUCACUAGUUACACCAACUCAAUGUAUUAUGGUAUCGGCGCCGUGUCAUACUGGUUGGCGGUAUGCCUUGUCGGAGGUCUCGCCAAUUGGUCAAUGAUUUGGUUCCCUAGUCUUAGGAACUCCAUGAACGGAAGAAUAUCAAAACUGUGGCGCAAAUGGAUAACAAUCCCAGCUCUCUUCGGGAAAAAGCAGGCAGCGGUUCAAAAACUUGGCUUGUUUUCAGCUCUCGUUCCCUCAAGAAUAGAGUCUGUGAUAUCACUUCUUUUCUUCGGACUUCUCAUUGGUGUCAAUGCAGCUGAGAUCAAAUACAUCGAUCAGGACCCAAUUUUCAAGGUGAAAAAAAUUGCCUUGCUUAGAUACUUUUCGGACAGAACUGGAAUUGUUUGUGUAGUUCUCAUUCCGAUUUUACUACUUUUCGGGGGACGUAAUAAUUUCUUGAUGUGGCUCACUAGAUGGAAGUACUCAACUUUCAUUGCUUACCACAGGUGGGUAGGUAGAUGGGUAGUGUUGUUAGCAUUUCUCCACUCCAUUGGCUACACUGAAUACUUCAUUCAGUAUGACACCUACGCCAGCAAUAUGGCCGAAACAUAUGUUAUCUGGGGUGUAGUUGGUACCGCAUGUGGAUGCCUUAUCUUGUUCCAAGGCUUAUUGUAUUUGCGCCGUAAUUGGUACGAAACAUUCUUGGUUAUACACAUCAUCUUGGCCGCCUUCUUCGUCAUCGGCACUUGGUAUCACGUUGUCGAGCUCGGAUUCGCCCAAGUGAUGAUUGCUGCUAUUGUAGUGUGGGGUUUUGACAGAAUUGUCCGAGUUGCAAGAAUUUUGCACUUCGGUUUUCCAGAAGCCCAAGUGACCCUCAUGAAAGACAAGCUUGAAAUCAUAGUUCCGAGACCAUCGCAUUGGAAGCCGAUCGUAGGCGGAUACGCAUGGAUCUACUUUGGAGAUAAAAAGUAUUUCUGGCAGUCUCAUCCAUUCACUUACAUGCAUGAUGAACAGUCGGUGAUCCUCUACACUACUGUUCAUGCUGGUAUUACUCAGAAAAUUGCACAAAAACUACAAGACAACCCUUCAGGUCCAAGUAUGAAAAUGCGCGUUAGUAUUGAGGGUCCAUAUGGUUGUGCCACUCCCAUCGAGCAUCAUAGUGAUGUGGUCUUUGUGGCUGGUGGAAAUGGUAUUCCUGGUAUGUUAAAUGAAUUUAAACAUUUGCUUACGAAUGAAAAGACAAAGCAAAGAAUCAAAUUCAAUUGGAUAGUGAAAGAAUUGACUAUGUUUGAGGAAAUGGCCAAACAUUUUGCCAAGCUCCCAUUAUCAAACACAGAGGUUAACAUAUUUGUGACACGUCAGCCUGCUCUCAAGUCCCUGAUGGGUUCAGACGAGAGCAAUGAUACAGAUUUCAAAAAUGAAGGCAAAUUUGAUACUUUAAGUGGAGUAUCUCUCCUUCAGUCAGAUUUCCCAGAUAUCAACUUCAUUAUGCAGAGACCAGAUUUGGACAAUUUAGUACAAAGGGACAUUGAAGAGGCCGCAAAUAGCGUUGCAUUUGUCACAUGCGGACCACCAAUUAUGGUCGAUGAAUUGCGUAGUGUCAUUGUAGACAAGAUUGACAAGACCAACAAGCGUGUGGAUUUCUACGAUACUUUGGAGGUAUGGACUUAG